GCUGCUUGCAGAGAACACCGGUGGCUUCCGGAGUGCACUGAGGGACCCCGAGGCUCGUGAGCAGGGACCCGCAGUGUGGGUUAUGCUGGGGGUGUGGAUCGCCGUGGACAAGUGAGAAAUCUGGACGGCACCAUGGGGGAUUUGCAGGACGAUUACGAAGAGGAGCUGGAGGACACUUUAGAACGGGAGGACUAUGAGGAACCAGAUGUCCCCGUGCUUCAAGAGGAGGAGCCAGUGGCUCAACUAGACCAGCCGACAGCCACAGACUACCAAAUCAGACCCAGAGACCCGGAGACCCACGAGGUCUACGUGGAGUUGCACGAGCUGGUGAUGGAUGAAAAGAACCACGAGCUGCGGUGGAUGGAGGUGGCGCACUGGAUGCGGCUGGAGGAGAACCUAGGGGAGGACGGGACCUGGGGCUGCCCGCACCUGUCCUACCUCACUUUCUGGAGCCUCCUGCAGCUGCGGAAAGCCUUUGCCAAGGGCACUGUCCUCCUGGACCUGCCAGAGACCUCCCUGGCGGGGGUGGCCAACCAGCUGCUGGACAGGUUUAUCUACGAGGAUCAGAUCCGGCCUGACGACCGAGAGACGCUGCUCCGGGUCCUGCUGCUCCAGCACAGCCAUGACAGAGACCGGCAGGACUUGGGGACUGUGAAGCCCACAGUUGUGACGCAUUCUGGGGACCCCUCAGAACCUCUGCUCCCCCAGCACCCUUCGUUAGAGACGCAGCUCUUCUGUAAGAAGGGAGAUGAAAACAUAGAAGGGCAUUCACCAUCUAGAAUUCUGGAAAAGAUGCCCCCAGACUCGGAGGCCACCCUGGUGCUAGUGGGCCGAGCAAAGUUCCUGGAGCGGCCGGUGCUGGGUUUUGUGCGGCUAAAGGAGGCCUCGACACUAAAGGAGGCCUCGACGCUAAAGGAGGCCCAGUUGCCGCACGAGGAGGCCCAGUUGCCACACGAGGAGGCCCAGUUGCCACACGAGGAGGCCCAGUUGCCACAUGAGGAGACCCAGUUGUCACACGAGGAGGCCCAGUUGCCGCACAAGGAGGCCCAGUUGCCUCUCAAGAAGGCCCCGUCACUGCUGGAGGAGACCGUGGAGGCUCAAGUGCCCGUGCGCUUCCUCUUCGUGCUGCUGGGACCCGAGGCCCCCCACACCGACUACACUCAGCUGGGGCGGGCUGUGGCCACCCUCAUGUCGGAGAAGGUGUUCCGCGUUGAGGCCUACCUGGCCCAGAGCCGGGAGGAGCUGGUGGAGAACCUGGGGGAGUUCCUGGACUGCAGCCUGGUGCUUCCUCCCUCCGAAGUCCUCUCUGAGCAGGACUUGCUCAGCCUGGUGUCCGUGCAGAGGCAGCUGGUGCAGAGACGAGCGGGCGCGAUCAAGCAGGAGCCCAGACUCUACAAGGGCCUAGAUUUAAAUGGGGGUCCGGAGGCCCCUGGCGGCCCGGAAGACCCUCUACGGCGGACAGGCCAGUUCUUUGGGGGCCUCAUACGUGACAUCAAGCGCCGCUACCCCUACUAUCCGAGCGACAUCAUAGACGCAUUCAGCCCCCAGGUCCUGGCUACCGUUAUCUUCAUCUACUUCGCUGCGCUGUCACCUGCCAUCACCUUCGGCGGCCUCCUGGGAGAAAAGACCUAUAACCACAUGGGGGUGUCAGAGCUGCUCAUCUCCACGGCAGCCCAGGGCAUCAUCUUCUCCCUGCUCGGGGCUCAGCCGCUGCUUGUGGUUGGCUUCUCAGGACCGCUGCUCGUGUUUGAGGAAGCCUUUUUCUCGUUCUGCAGCAGUAACAACCUGGAGUACAUCGUGGGCCGCGUGUGGAUCGGCUUCUGGCUCGUCCUGCUAGUGGUGCUCAUUGUGGCCUUCGAGGGCAGCUUCCUGGUCCAGUUUAUCUCCCGCUACACCCAAGAGAUCUUUUCCAUCCUCAUCUCCCUCAUUUUCAUCUCUGAGACCUUCUUCAAGCUGAUCAAGAUCUUCCAGGACCAUCCACUGCAGAAAGAAUAUGACUACAACGUGACAAUAGUGCCAAAACCUCAGGCUCCCCUGCCUAAUACAGCCCUCCUCUCCCUUGUGCUCAUGGCGGGUACUUUCUUCUUAGCCAUGAUACUGCGCAAGUUCAAGAACAGCUCCUACUUUCCUGGCUGGCUGCGACGGGUCAUUGGAGACUUCGGGGUUCCCAUCUCCAUUCUGAUCAUGGUCCUAGUGGAUUUCUUCAUCAAAGACACCUACACCCAGAAACUCAGUGUUCCUAAAGGCCUGUCCGUGUCCAACUCCUCAAUCCGAGGCUGGAUCAUCCACCCUCUGGGCUUGUAUUCGCCCUUCCCCCUCUGGAUGAUGUUUGCCUCCGUCCUGCCUGCCCUGCUAGUCUUCAUCCUCAUCUUCCUCGAGUCCCAGAUCACCACGCUGCUUAUCAGCAAACCAGAGCGCAAGAUGGUCAAAGGCUCUGGUUUCCACCUGGACCUGCUGCUAAUUAUAGGCAUGGGCGGUGUGGCUGCCCUCUUUGGGUUGCCCUGGCUCAGUGCCACAACCGUGCGUACCAUCACCCACGCCAAUGCGCUCACCGUCAUGGUCAAGGACAGCACUCCGGGGGCCGCACCGCAGAUAAAAGCCGUCAGGGAGCAGCGGAUCAGCGGGCUUCUGGUCGCUGUGCUCGUGGGCGUGUCCAUCCUCAUGGGGCCCAUCCUGUCCCUCAUCCCCCUGGCUGUGCUGUUUGGCAUCUUCCUCUACAUGGGGGUCACAUCCCUCAGUGGCAUCCAGCUCUUCGACCGCUUCUUGCUUCUGUUCAAGCCGUCCAAGUACCACCCGGUUGUGCCCUACGUCAAGCGGGUGAGGACCUGGCGCAUGCACCUGUUCACGAGCAUCCAGAUCAUCUGCCUGGUCGUGCUGUGGGUAGUGAAGUCCUUCCGGUCCAUCUCGCUGAUCCUGCCCUUCGUCCUCAUUCUCACGGUGCCUCUGCGCCGGCUCCUGCUGCCUCUCAUCUUCAGGGACCUGGAGCUCCAGUGUCUGGAUGCUGACGAUGCCAAGCCAAACUUUGAUGAGGAGGAAGGUCAGGAUGAAUACAACGAGGCACCCAUGCCGGUGUGAGGGGAAGGCCCAGGCCUCAGAGCCCCUUCCACCUUCCCGCCUCCCCAUUCUUCCAGGAAAAGCAGAAGUUCAUGGGUAUCUCAUAGACUCUCAUAUCCCUCCUGGGGUAGCAACUGGA